AUGGCGUUCGCACGUCUCGCCGCCCGGCGCUUGCCCGUCGCCCGUCGGCUCGUCCCCAGCAUUGACUCACUGCCUCAGCAGCGAUUCUUCUCCAUCUCGCAACAUGUGAAGUCUCAGAACAAAGCUGCUGUGCCCAACCCCGAUCCUGCCGCUGACUCCGUAUCCGUGGCUUUCGUCAAUGAUCAAUCUCCCUACAUGUUGCCGACCUACGUGCGGCCGGCGCCGGUCAUGGUCAAGGGCCAGGGAUGUUACUUGUGGGAUAUGGAGAAUCGGAAAUACCUGGACUUGACGGCUGGUAUUGCGGUCAACUCUCUGGGUCACUGUGACCCCGAGGUGGCCCAGAUUAUCGCUGAGCAAGCCGAGAUGCUUGUCCACGCCUCGAACCUCUACUACAAUGCGUGGACCGGAGCUCUCAGCAAGCUCUUGAUCGACGUUACUAAGGAAUCCGGUGCCAUGCGCGAUGCCUCCCAGGUCUUCAUCUGUAACUCCGGUACCGAGGCCAACGAGGCCGCCAUCAAGUUUGCUCGCAAGGUCGGUCGUUCGCUCGACCCCUCCGGCGCAAAGCACGAAGUCGUCUCCUUCCACAACUCCUUCCAUGGUCGCACCAUGGGCGCUCUGUCCGCAACCCCGAACCCCAAGUACCAGACUCCCUUCUCUCCUAUGCUGCCUGGCUUCAAGUACGGCAACUACAAUGAUGUGGCUCAGCUCGAGACUCUCGUUACCGAGAAGACCUGUGGUGUGAUCGUCGAGCCCAUCCAGGGUGAGGGAGGUAUCAAUGUGGCUACCCCCGAAUUCCUCGUCGCUCUGCGCAAGCGCUGUGACGAGGUUGGUGCCGUUUUGAUCUUCGACGAGAUUCAGUGCGGUCUUUCCCGGACCGGCUCCUUCUGGGCUCACGCCCACCCGUCUCUGGCACCUGCUUCUGGCGAGGCAGCUCACCCCGACAUCCUGACUUCUGCCAAGGCCCUGGGUAACGGUAUUCCUAUUGGUGCCACUAUUGUCUCUGAGAAGGCCGUGGCCAAACACAUCAAGCCCGGUGACCACGGUACCACCUAUGGUGGUAACCCCCUGGUGUGCCGUGUCGCCCACCACAUUGUCAACCGUCUGGCGGACCCCGAGCUGCAGAAGUCUGUUGAGACCAAGGGAGACCUGCUUGUGUCUGGAUUCAAGGAUCUCCAGAAGAAGUACCCCAACGUCAUCUCGGAGAUCCGUGGACGCGGAUUGAUCCGUGGUGUCCAGCUCUCCCCGGAGUUUGUCUCCAAGGCCGGCGAUUUGGUUGGUGCUGCCCGGGAGCGCGGCAUGCUGAUCAUCACGGCAGGUGAGGGCUGCAUCCGCUUCGUUCCUCCCUUGACCAUUACCGAGGAGCAGAUCAAGUCCGGCCUCAAGAUUCUGGAGCAGGCUCUGGAAGCCGUGGUUGCUCAGGCUUAA